AGCUAAAUGAAGAAAAUUAAAGUCCAACUGUGUUUACCUGCACUCACGUCUCAGGCAACACUCACUCUCUCAUUCUCUCUCUAAAAAAAAAGGGGGAAGAAAAAGCUUUGAAGAUAGGAUGUGAAAACAAGGGACAAUAUAGAGAGACGAGGGGAGCUGAGCAAAGCUAAAAUGCAAAUACUUCUUCUCUCACGGCUUCUCAUCUUGUGUUUGGCAUUCGCUUCGUCUUCGGCUCGACCUGCACCAUGGGUUAUGCGAAUAAGUUGUGGGGCUCGAGAAAAUGUAAAAACUCCACCAACAAAUACUCUUUGGUUCAAGGAUUUUGCUUAUACAGGAGGGAUUUUUACUAAUGCUACGCGCCCAAGUUACAUCAGCCCCCCACUUAAGACACUUCGGUAUUUCCCUACGUCUGGAGGGCCGGAAAAUUGCUACAAUAUUAAGAGAGUGCCAAAAGGGCACUACUCAGUGAGAGUCUUUUUUGGACUGGUAGGACAGCCAAAUUUUGAUAACGAACCUCUGUUUGAUGUCUCUGUUGAAGGCACCCAGAUUUAUUCAUUGAAAUCGGGUUGGACGAGCCACGAUGACCAAGUAUUUACUGAAGCUCUUGUGUUUCUUACUGAUGGCACUGCCUCUAUCUGUUUCCAUAGUACUGGUCAUGGAGAUCCAGCAAUUCUUUCCAUUGAGAUUCUUCAAAUUGACAAUAAUGCAUAUAAUUUUGGCCCGGAGUGGGGUAGAGGUACAAUCCUUAGAACAGCAAUGAGACUUACCAGUGGUACUGGAAAGCCGAAGUUCGGCGUCGAUUAUGGUGGGGAUCCCUGGGGUGGAGAUAGGUUUUGGAAUCCUAUUACAAGUUUUAGUCAGAAUUUCGAUCAUCCCAGGUCUACUGAGAGUAGCAUUAAAAAGGCUUCAAAUGCACCAAACUUCUAUCCACAAGCUCUUUAUCAGACUGCCCUAGUUAGUACUGAUUCUGAACCUGAUUUAGCAUACACAAUGGAUGUGGAUCCCAACAGAAAUUACUCGAUUUGGUUACACUUUGCUGAGAUUGAUGCUUCAGUAACUGAUGUAGGCCAAAGGGUCUUUGACGUCAUCAUAAAUGGUGAUACUGCAUUCAAAGAUGUAGACAUUGUCAAAAUGAGUGGUGAUCGUUAUACUGCUCUUGUGUUAAACACGACCGUAGCUGUUAGUGGGAGGACUUUGACAAUAAAUCUGCACCCUAAAGUGGGCAGUCAUGCCAUUGUCAAUGCCAUUGAGGUCUUUGAAAUUAUCAUAGCUGAGUUCAAAACUUUAUCAGAAGAAGUUAGUGCUUUAGAGUCAUUAAAGACGGCAUUGGGGCUUCCUCUUCGGUUUGGAUGGAAUGGUGAUCCAUGUGUUCCCCAACAACAUCCAUGGAGUGGAGUAGAUUGUCAUUUGGACAGCACCAAAAGCAAAUGGUUCAUUGAUGGACUUGGUCUUGACAACCAAGGUCUAAGAGGUUUUUUGCCAAAUGACGUAUCCAGACUACGUCACUUACAGAGCAUAAACUUGAGUGGAAACAGCAUUCAUGGGGCUAUUCCUUCGUCUCUUGGGAUAAUAGCUAGCUUAGAAGUGCUGGACCUCUCUUAUAAUUUAUUUAUUGGAUCAAUUCCUGAAAGCCUUGGGCAGUUGACAUCAUUACAAAGACUGUAUCUCAAUGGAAACUCUCUGUCAGGAAGAGUCCCAGCUACACUAGGGGCAAGGCUUUUACAUAGAGCUAGCUUCAAUUUAACUGAUAAUGCAGGUCUUUGUGGUAUACCGGGACUCCCUACUUGUGGACCGCACCUUUCUCCUGGUGCAAAAGUUGGCAUCGCAUUUGGCGCCUCUGUGGCAUGCCUACUCAUUGUUAUUUGCUCAAUGUGUUGGUGGAAAAGACGGCAGAAUAUUCUCAGAGCACAGCAGAUUGCAGGUACCUAUCAUAAGCCAGUUGGCCAGUUAGAGAACAGCAUGAUUUGCCCUCCGUAACUUUAAUAUUCUAAGGAUCCUUAGCCAGAGGUGCUCCAUAUGCAAAAGCAAGGACCCAACUGUCGCAUGAUAUCCAACUGACAAGGCAUUCUAAUCAUGGCCAUGCUAAAACUGCUGCUGAAAACGGGCCGAGUUUACUAUCAUGAUUAUUUGACCAGCGCUCACAAUCCUACCAAGUUGAAGUUUGCCUGUUUCAGUACCCAGAUUCUGAUCAAAUUCUCCUCGAUGGCAUCAAUCCCAGAAUCAUGUACAUUGCUUCAAUUCUUUGUUCCAUUACGGAGAAGAAAUGUUGUGACAUUUUAAAAACGAAGUAUAUGGGGAAAGAAAAAAAAAAAAACCUCUCUUUUAUUCUUU